AUGGCUCUUGCUCUCCUCUUGGCAGCAAUCCUGGGACUUCUUAUUGUCAAGGCUGUUUUGUUUCAGCUGAGAAACCCGAGCUCCCCUCCUUGCAUCAGGAGCUGGAUCCCUUGGUUUGGAGCUGCGUUUCAAUUCGGGAAAGCUCCUCUGGAGUUUAUAGAGCAAGCUAGAAGCAAGCAUGGGCCUGUAUUCACAAUAUUCGCUCUGGGAAAACGGUUUACUUUUGUGACUGAGGACGAAGGCACUGAAGCAUUUUUUAAAUCUAAAGACUUAAAUUUUGAACAGGCAGUACAACAAGCUGUCGAGAAUGCAGUUUCUGUCCCUGCAGAAGCAUUUUAUCAGAACCAUGGUAACCUCUACAGCAUGUUGAAGGGAAAAAUGGGUCCUUCUAAUCUGCACAUGUUCACGGGCACUUUGUGUAAGGAACUACAUGAGCACAUGGCACACCUGGGCACAGAGGGCACAGGCGACCUCAACAAGCUGGUAAGGCAUGUCAUGUAUCCAGCAGUGGUGAACACUUUGUUUGGGAAAGGCAUCUGCCCGACAAGUCAGAGUGAAAUCAAGGAGUUUGAAGAACAUUUUCAGAAGUACGAUGAGGACUUCGAAUACGCUUCUCAGAUGCCGGAGUGCUUCCUGAGGAACUGGUCUAAAUCAAAAAAAUGGCUUCUAAAAUUAUUUGAGAAAGUAGUGUCAGAUGCUGAAAGGACCAACCCUUCAGAGACCACAUCCAAGACACUACUGCAACAUCUCCUGGAUAACUUGCAAGGAAAACAUCUAGCUCCCAAUUAUGGUCUCCUAAUGCUCUGGGCUUCCCAAGCAAACGCUGUCCCUAUUGCAUUCUGGACUCUUGUUUUCAUACUUUCUUAUCCUUCCAUUUACAAGAAAAUCAUGGAAGACCUGGCUUCUGUUUUUGGCAAAGCAGGUAAAGAUAAAAUAGAAGUCGCUGAAGAGGACCUUAAGAAGCUCCCUUUUAUUAAAUGGUGCACUUUGGAAGCCAUACGGCUGAGGUCUCCAGGUGCAAUCACCAAGAAAGUAGUAAACCCAAUAAGAAUUCAGAAUUUCACCAUUCCUGCAGGUGACAUGCUGAUGUUGUCGCCGUAUUGGUUGCACAGGAAUCCAAAAUAUUUUCCUGACCCAGAAACGUUCAAACCUGAUCGUUGGAAAGAGGCAAAUUUAGAGAAGAAUGCUUUCUUGGACAGCUUUGUGGCAUUCGGAGGAGGGAAGCAUCAGUGUCCAGGAAGGUGGUUCGCUAUCAUGGAAAUCCAGUUGUUCGUCGUGCUAUUCCUAUACAAAUACGAAUUUGUGCUUUUGGAUGCAGUACCAAAGGAGAGCCCUUUACAUUUGGUGGGGACACAGCAACCCAUGGCACCAUUCCGGGUCCAGUAUAAAUGCCGAGAAUGA